UGUUUCUAAGACGUGUCAUAUGUCAGAUAUGUGGUUUUUAUUUAUAACAUUUUUUGUUUAAUACUUUUCCUAGUUUUAAGUAAACUCAAAUAAAUACAUAUUUAAGAUGUUAGCUUCGGCCCAAAAUAUGUCAAACACAAAUUCCUAUUCCAAUGACCGAGGGAUAAAUUUCGAAACCGAAUAUGCCGCAGACCCAGCAACUGGAGGAUUCUUUAAUUCUGAUUUUAAAAAGCAUGAUGAUCUUAAAGAGAUGCUGGACUCUAACAAGGAUAGCCUUAAACUGGAGGCUAUGAAAAGGAUCAUUGGGAUGGUGGCAAAAGGAAGGGAUGCCUCAGUUCUUUUUCCUGCAGUUGUAAAAAAUGUUGUCUCCAAAAAUAUUGAAGUUAAAAAAUUGGUAUAUGUUUAUCUAGAAAGAUAUGCAGAAGAUCAACAAGAUUUGGCAUUGCUGUCUAUAUCAACUUUUCAAAGAGCUUUAAAAGAACCAAAUCAAUUAAUUAGGGCAGGUGCAUUAAGAGUGUUAUCUAGUAUAAGAGUUAAAAUGAUUUCUCCAAUUGUAAUGUUAGCCAUCCGAGAUGCUUCCUCCGAUAUGUCCCCUUAUGUUAGGAAAACUGCUGCCCAUGCAAUACCUAAAUUAUUCAGCUUAGACCCGGAGUUAAAAUCAGAAUUGGUAACCAUUCUUCAAAAAUUGCUAGCAGACAAGACAGUUUUAGUUAUUGGCUCGGCAGUAAUGGCAUUUACAGAAGUGUGCCCUGAGAGGGUAGACCUUAUUUCUGAAAUUUACAGAAAACUAUGUGCCUUGAUUGUAGAUGUAGAUGAAUGGGGUCAAGUAACUAUUGUCAACAUGCUAACUAGAUAUGCCAGAACUCAGUUUGUUGAUCCAAAUCUUCAUGCUCAAGAAGAUCCCAUGGGUGAUGGUCAAAACCGUAACACGAUAUUUUACGAAUCUGAUUCAGAAACAUCAGAUAAACCCGCCCCACCCUCAAUAGCGCCUGUGCAUAGACUCUUAUUAAGAUCCACCAGACCAUUGCUUCAAUCUCGAAAUGCAGCUGUUGUAAUGGCUGUAGCUCAGCUGUAUCACCAUGCAGCUCCAAGAAAUGAAUUUCACCUUGCGGCCAAAGCUUUAGUACGCCUGCUUCGUUCUCACGUUGAAGUGCAGAGCAUCGUUCUUAACGCAAUUGCUUCAAUAAGUGCAAAAAAUAAAGGCAUGUUUGAGACUUAUUUGAAAAGCUUCUUCGUAAGAACUUCAGACCCUACUAAUGUAAAACUACUGAAAUUGGAAAUUUUAACUAAUCUGACAACAGAUGCUAAUGUUUUAAUUAUAUUAAGGGAACUACAGACUUAUAUUUCUAAUAAUGAUAAACAUUUUGUUGCUGCCACUAUACAAGCUAUAGGCAGAUGUGCCUGUUCCAUUUCUGAAGUGACAGAUACGUGCCUUAAUGGUUUGGUUUCUUUGUUAUCUAAUAAAGAUGAAGCUGUUGUGGCUGAAAGUGUUGUAGUCAUUAAAAGACUAUUGCAAACUCAAGCUGCAGAUCCUAAAGAGAUAAUUACUCAUAUGGCAAGAUUGCUUGAUAGCAUUACAGUAGCCCAAGCUAGAGCAGCAAUAUUGUGGCUUCUCGGAGAACAUUCACAGAAGGUUCCGAAAAUUGCGCCAGAUGUAUUAAGGAAACUUGCUAAAAGCUUUUCAGUCGAACAUGAUAUUGUCAAGCUACAAGUGAUGAAUCUAGCAGUAAAAUUGUACAUAACAAACCCUGAACAGACUGCCCCGUUGUGUCAGUACAUUUUCAAUCUGGCGAGGUACGAUCAAAACUACGAUAUCCGUGAUAAAGCCAGACUCUUAAAACCGUUCAUAUCUGGACAAGGAGGUAAACUGUCCUCACAGGCUGCAAGGAUAUUUUUGGCCAAUAAACCUGCGCCUAUUUUACAAUCACAAUUUAAAGAUCAAGAAGAUUUCCAAUUGGGCUCCUUAUCUCAUUACAUUAAGCAACGAGCCAAUGGAUACGAAUCUUUACCCGACUUUCCUGCGGUUCCUCCACCAGGAGGAGUGGUAGAAAGCCUUGAGGAGGUUGAAGAUCCUAAAAAGUACCAUAGGCCCACUGGAAAGGAAGGAAAUGAUAUGUUUUCAUGGGAAUCAUGUUCAGAAGCCUCCUCAGCAGCAGAAGGAAGUGGUUCUUCUAGCUCCUCAGAAAGUGAAUCCUCAAGUGAGGAAUCAGGAUCAGAAGAAGAAGAAAGUAAUCCUGCCACUUCAGGUGAAGAAGAUUCGGACAAAAAAACUGACAACUCUGAGGAAUCAUCAGAAGAAUCUGAAUCUUCCAGUGAAGAAUCAAGUUCGGAAGAUGACAAAGAAACAAACAACCCUGUUAAUUCAACCAACCAUGUUCCUAAACCUAAAAACAACAGUAAAUCAUCAAACACUGUCAACUCCACUGAAAAAAAACCACAGUCUAACUUGGAUUUGUUAUUAGACUUGUGUGAUGGGGAUUCCUCUGCUCCAGUUCUUACUCCGUCUUUGGGUGGAUUUUAUACUCCAACGACUCCUAUUAAAUCUGUAGAGACAUUGGAGGAAACUGAGCCACCAUACCCAAGUACCAAACCUAAAGAGCUUUUAAGCAAAAUUAAUGGAAAAGGAUUGUCUGCAACUUAUCGGUUUACCAGAAGCCAACAUUUGUAUUCACCAAGCAUGAUAAAUAUAAAUAUCAUGUUUACUAAUAGCACUUCUGAAACAGUAACUGAUAUUAGGAUAGGAAAGAAGCAUUUCGCAGGAGGUAUGAGCAUUCACGAAUUUGCAUGCAUACAAAGCUUGCCAGCUAACUGUUCCUUACCAGCAACUAUAGGGAUCGAUUUUAAUGACACCACUCGACCUGCUACUUUUGAAAUUAUGUCAUCUCUAGGUACUUUCUCUGUAAGUAUAAAGCCGAGUAUAGGGGAGCUUCUAAGACCUAUAAAAAUGCCUACUGCAAUGUUUAUUGAGAAACAGUCAAAGCUUUGUGGCAUGAAUGAGCAUAUCGGAGUUUUACCACAGUGCAAUAAUUUCGUUGAACGUAUUGGCGAACUUUCCAACUUGGGUCCCUGUGAUAAUUCUGUUCCUGAGUUUUUAAGGUUUGCCGGACAAACUAUGACAUCACGAAACUUGGUGCUCGUGACAGUCCAGAAAGGGGAAUCGACAACGCUAAAAGUGAACUGCGAAAACAUCGUGUUUGGGUCCGUGAUGCUCAAUGAGCUACUCAACAACUUAAAGUCAUAGAACUUAUUGAUUAUUUUAAGUUACUACUUAUUUUUGAUAUUUUUUGUUUAUAGUUUUGUAUCUCUUUUAUAUUAUUUAUCACAUUCCUAUAUUAUGAUCAAUAUAACUUGUUGUAUAUGGUUCUGAUUCAAGAUUUAUUGUAAAUUUCUUUUGAGACGUUUGAAGUGUAUAAAUAUUAUAAAUUAAUAAAGUUUUUGCCUAUUUCA